ACUUUCCAGACAAUGUCUCAUCUGACAGGAGAUACAUGUGGGUGAGAGUGAUCGGAGAUCUCAUGCAUCACCAUUACUCACUGCUGACCCGACGUGCGGGGUUUCUCAUCAUCAAGCAGCAUCCCCCUAUUUCAAACGACAACUCAUUGUCAUGAAGAUAGACGUAAUUCAACACAUCUUCUCUCGAAGAUGACGUCCAUAACCCCAGCUCCACAAGUUUCCUGCAUCAUACAAAUCAAAAACGUGGUCAAACCCAGCGACAGAGAAGCUUGGCUGCUCCUCUUCAAGCAGUGUUUCAAUCACGUGUCCGCCGAGCCUGAGUGUGCGUACUUCAUCAUCGGCGAAGAAGAAGCUGGUGUAUUUCGUUGGACGGAAGGAUGGACGAAGGAUAAAGAUUGGGUGAACAAUGUGCAGCUCAAGAAACCGUAUUAUGAGCCGUUCUUCAAGGCUACUGCACCACUGGUCAUUGAAAGCGAAACAAAAGUCGAAUUCUUCACCCCACUUGAGGAUCUGAGCAUGAUCAAGGUCGACCUCCUCUCCUUCCCACCCAAAGCCUAGGAUUGAAGGGGG